ACGCAAAUCGCAAGACGCUAGCGGCUUGCUAAGCCAUUAAUUUUUAUUUUAUGAAACAAUAUUGAUAAUGAUCAACGUUCCUUUCUUUUCUAAACCUAGUUCCUUACUGUGUAAUGUUUAUAGCAACUAAAUAAGUAAUAGUGUUCCGCCUACGCUCGUGCCUGCCAAUACAGGUUUUAUUUUAUAAUUUAAGGUUAGGUAUUUACUUUUAACAAACAAGCAUCAUGGUUCAGGCAACAGACGAGAUGGAAGUUCCUGAUUUACCUCAGGCAGUAAAAUUGUUAAAAGAAAUGAAUACAAACGUCCAACAAGUAUCUAACCUUGUUGAUAAUAUGUUAGUUCGCGUUAAAGAUGGCGAAAUGUCUACUGAUAAAGGUUUAAGCUUUUUAGAAAUGAAAUAUCAAAUGCUGCUAGGCUAUUUAAUUAACUUAACAUACAUUGUAUUACGAAAAUGUUCUGGUGAAAAAAUCGAAUCUGACCCAUCUAUAGAUAGACUAAUAGAAAUAAGAACUGUACUUGAAAAGAUACGUCCCAUAGAUUCUAAGUUGAAGUAUCAAAUUGAUAAACUUGUUAAGACUGCAGUGGUUGGUGCCAGUUCAGAAGAUGAUCCACAAUCCUACCAUGCUAAUCCAUCAAACUUAAUGAGUAAAAUAGAUAACAGUGAUGACGACUCAAGUGAAAUGUCAGACAGUGGUGAAAAACCAAAAGAUAACAAAUCUAAUAUUUAUGUCCCACCUAAAUUGGCCGCUGUACACUAUGAAGAAAAUGUUACAAGAUUAAAUACUGAAAAGAAUAAAGAGCGAGCAAAGAAACAAUUCCUUAACUCAAGUGUAAUGAGAGAACUUCGGGAAGAAUAUUCAGAAGCACCAACAGAAGUAAAUACAGGAAACUACGUCAAACAUUCAAUAUCUAAACAAGAGCAAGAGAAGACAGAAUAUGAAGAGAACUACCUUACUCGAUUGCCAGUCACUAAAGCUGAAAAGAAUCGUCGUAGAAAAUUGACAACCGUUGGAAUGUUAGCUGAUGAAAUAACUGGAAGUCGCAGUGUAUCCCGUAAACACAAAAUAAAAUCUAAGAAAGGUAAAGGAUUUAAAAGGAGGAAAACUCACUAAUAGUUUUACAAUUUUAUUAAGCUUCAGAACACUGUUAGAUUUGUGUUAUAAUAAAUCUAGUUUUUAUUUACAAGUAAAAAGUUCUAAGCAUUUAUAAUAAAUUACUAUUUCUAACUUAUUACUCAAAAUGAAUAUUGGCUUUG